AGUGCUUCACUUUUUUUUGACGAUGUAUUCUGACGGUCUCCUAACGCUCCAUUAUGGGAAACAUCCAGCGACCUUGGCCGCAGAGGUCGGGGCCUGGUACAGCGGGGACCGUCACGUGGAUGUAACUCUGGCAUGCGAUGAUGGGUCUGUUGUGAAAGCCCAUCGCGUCGUUUUGGCAGCCGCAAGUCCCCUCUUGGCUAGUCUACUUCGGAAUCCUGCCCUGGAUCACGUGGUUCACUUAUCAGGCGUCCGAAAGACACAAUUAAAUCAUUUGUUGGAGUUUUUAUAUAACGGAGAAGCGCUGAUACCGGCGACAGAGCUUACGCCAUUAAGGGAGCUCUUUGAGCUUCUUCAGAUUAAGUCGGAGCUAUUUGAGCCCAAUCAGCCUCAAACUAGUAACUCUGAUCCCGAAAGAAUAUCAACUCCACAGCCCUCAGAAGGCCAAGAGAGUUCCAGUUACGAAUCCCAAUACGAUGGCAGACAGUCCAAUAAUCCUGCGGACUGUUGCUCAGUCCUCAUAAAAACGGAAGGCUGCGAAGAGGAGCCGGAAGUGGAUGUGGAAGGUGUGGAAGGCGAAAGUCUUCUUUCGGAUAACAGAGAAAGUAGCAUAGAACCUCCUAGAAGAAGGGAUAGUUCUGAUCCUGUUAAUCUGAGUCUCAAUUCCGGCACUUCUGUCACAAGUGAUGGCUCGCAUGAUAUAAUACAUAGGUCUGAAAAGCCGAUAUUCGAAAGGCGAGAAUCUCUUGAGGAAGCAGAAGAACGGAAGAGGCAGUUGGCAGCACGAUUGGCGUUAGGCUUAGAAUCUGGGAAGAGAAAACUCGAGGAAUUACCAAUCCCACCUGCGGAAGCAUAUGUUGUGACGCCUCAUCGAAAGCGAAGACCAGGCUUCCAUAAUGCUCCCUCACAAAAUCCGGCUUUCGUGCCUUUCAAUCCUGGAUUCGAAACGCCCAGAAGGUUGCAGGCGCCACAUCCCCUGAGUGUUUCGGCACCACCGUACCUGCAAGAUAGAUCAGUGACGCCGCCAUCGCAUCGACCGCCGAGUGCCGAUCCGACGUCAGCAGCAGCUUUAGACCCACCUUGGACGGCUUGGACUCUGCCACCCGCCAGAGCUCCACCGCCACCACCGUCAACGGACGACCCGCCGAAGUCUACCCCUGUUCGAGAAUAUCGAUGUAGCUACUGUGGCAAGCAAUUCGGCAUGUCGUGGAACUUGAAGACCCAUUUAAGAGUGCACACAGGCGAGAAGCCUUUCGCGUGUAGACUUUGCGUUGCCAUGUUCAAACAGAAAGCCCACUUGCUGAAACAUCUUUGCUCGGUGCACCGAGGUGUGAUAGCCGCUCCCGAUAAUACGUUCUCGUGUUGCUUUUGCUCGUCGUCGAACUUUGUUAAUUUGCAGGACCUCAUUAGGCAUCUCUCGGGACCACAUAACAAUCUGCUGCUCAGCAGGAAUCUACAUGAAUUUCGUGAAUAGCGACAAAGUC